GGCCUGAUCAAUACAAACUAAGGGAGGAAGCUUCAUUUCGUCAUCAGCCUAGGAAAGACCAAAACAGUAAGGAGAAAUAUGAAGUUAAGAAAUAGGAUCUUGGACUGACAGCGGUACGAAAAGUGUAGUGCUUUUGCGAUGCUGUUUUCCAGACCCAGAGGCCUGAGAACCUGGCGCCCGGUGCUGCUCUCAGUUUUCCUCCUGGCGGUCUGGCAGGCAGGGAGCGGCCAGCUGCACUACUCCAUCCCGGAGGAAGCCAAGCACGGCACCUUCGUGGGCCGCAUCGCGCAGGACCUGGGGCUGGAGCUGGCCGAGCUGGUGCCCCGUCUGUUCAGGGUGGUGCCCAAGGGCCGCGGGGACCUUCUGGAGGUAAAUCUGCAGAAUGGCAUUUUGUUUGUGAAUUCUCGGAUCGACCGGGAGGCGCUGUGCGGGCGGAGCGCGGAGUGUAGCAUCCACCUGGAGGUGAUCGUGGACAGGCCGCUGCAGGUUUUCCACGUGGAGGUGGAGGUGAGGGACAUUAACGAUAAUCCACCGGUCUUCAAAGGCAGAGAACAGCAGGUAUUUAUUCCUGAAAAUAGACAAUUAGAUUCGCGUUUUCCAAUAGAGGGAGCUGUGGACGCAGACAUUGGUUCGAAUGCUCUCCUAACUUACACUCUGAGCCCCAGUGAUUACUUUUCUUUGAAAGUAGAGGCAAGUGACGAACUCAGUAAAUCUCUUUUACUUGAAUUGAGAAAAUCUUUAGAUAGAGAAGAAACACCAGAACUCCAUUUGUUAUUGACAGCCACUGACGGAGGCAAACCAGAGCUGGAGGGCACAGUUCAGCUUCUGAUUACUGUGCUCGAUGUUAAUGAUAACCCCCCAAUGUUUGACCAGGCCAUCUACAGAGCUCACCUAGUAGAGACGACAGCAAAUGGAACUUUAGUGACUACGUUAAAUGCCUCUGACACUGAUGAAGGUGUAAAUGGUGAAGUCGUCUUUUCCUUUGGCAGUGAGGUUUCUCUUAACAUUCAAGAAAAAUUCAAAAUAGAUUCUGUGUUAGGAGAAAUUAGAGUAAUUGGUGACCUGGAUUAUGAAGAAACAAAAUCCUAUGAAAUCCAAGUAAAGGCGGUUGAUAAAGGGACUCCUCCGAUGUCAAAUCACUGCAAGGUUUUGGUGAAAGUGCUGGAUAUAAAUGAUAAUGCUCCGGAACUGGCGAUCACUUCGCUGUCUUUGCCCAUCAGAGAGGACGCUCCACUUAGCACCAUCAUCGCCCUCAUCUCGGUGUCGGAUAUCGACUCAGGUGUCAACGGACAGGUGGCCUGCUCCCUGACGCCCCACGUCCCCUUCAAGCUGGUGUCCGCCUUCAAGAAUUACUAUUCGCUAGUGCUGGACAGCGCCCUGGACCGCGAGACCAAAGCUGACUAUAAGGUGGUGGUGACUGCGAGGGACGGAGGCUCGCCUUCGCUGUGGGCCUCGGCCAGCGUGUCCGUGGAGGUGGCUGACGUGAACGACAACGCGCCUGCGUUCGCGCAGCCCGAAUACACGGUGUUCGUGAAGGAGAACAACCCGCCGGGCGCCCACAUCUUCACGGUGUCGGCGGUGGACGCGGACGCGCAGGAGAACGCGCUGGUGUCCUACUCGCUGGUGGAGCGGCGGGUGGGCGAGCGCGCGCUGUCGAGCUACGUGUCUGUGCACGCGGAGAGCGGCAAGGUGUAUGCGCUGCAGCCUCUGGACCAUGAGGAGCUGGAGCUGCUGCAGUUCCAGGUGAGCGCGCGGGAUGCUGGUGUGCCUGCCCUGGGCAGCAAUGUGACUCUGCAGGUGUUCGUGCUGGAUGAGAACGACAACGCGCCCACACUGCUGGGGCCUCUCGAGGACACCUCGGCGAGCGAGAUGGUGUCCAGGACAGUGGGUGCCGGCCACAUGGUGGCGAAAGUGCGUGCGGUAGACGCAGACUCUGGCUACAAUGCAUGGUUAUCAUAUGAGCUGCAACGUGCAGCAGGUGGCACACGCAUCCCGUUCCGCGUGGGACUGUACACAGGCGAGAUCCGCACGACACAUGCCCUAGACGAUGUGGAUGCACCUCGACUGCGCCUGUUAGUGCUGGUGAAGGACCACGGAGAGCCAGUGCUGACCGCCACCGCCACCGUGCUUGUGUCUCUGGUGGAGAACGGCCAGAUUCCAAAAGCCUCUUCUCCCGCGUUAAAGGCUGCAGUGGGCCCUGAGGCGUCGCUGGUGGAUGUCAAUGUGUACCUGAUCAUCGCCAUCUGCGUGGUGUCCAGCCUGCUGUUGCUCACGCUGCUGCUCCACACCGCGCUGCGCUGCUCCAUUGCGCCCACCGAGGGCGCAUGCGCGCCUGGGAAGCGGGUGCUGGUGUGCUCCAGUGCAGUGGGGAGCUGGUCCAACUCCCAGCAGAGGCGGCAGAGGUGUACUCUGAGGAGGGCCCGCCCAAGACCGACCUCAUGGCCUUCAGCCCAGGCCUAUCUCCAGGUUUGAACACAUUAGAAAGAAAUGAACAUUCAGAAAUUAAUUCGGAUCUAUCU